UGAAAUAAAACUUAGAACAAAAAUAAAAAAAAAUCAAUCAACAAAAAUUCAGAAAAUACUUUUGCCGCCAUCCAUCGCAUACCAUCGCAUGCCACAACACCACAUUGAAGCGUAUUUAAAACUGCGGCCUUUAAUUCCUACUAAUCUCCUAGACAACAGAGUGUAACACAAAAAUUCCAAACCAAAAUUAAAAUCUUCCUUGCGUUAGAGUUGGAAUUACGCCAAGUCGCAACGAAAACUAUACCACAACUCAUCAUUUAAAACGUACACAUCCUUGACAUUCCUUUUGAGGACGAACGUUGGCAUUAAGUUUUCAUCAUUGCGUUUUUAUACUUUUCUUCGUCGUGCCACGAGCACACUUUUAAGCCAAGAGCUCCAGUAGUCCAAGGGACAGCAAGAGGACAGCGGCAUAUUGCCGCUUUCAAGAAAACCGUGGCAUCAUAUUAUCCUGCUAAAUCAGCAGGAUUUAAAAUUGCUGCUGCUAUAGCUGCUGUUACUGCAACCAACGCUGUGACUCCUGCUACAGCCACAGGCACAGCCGACAACAUGAAGCUGUCAAAGUUAUCUAACCAAACCAACUCACAGGAUCCGCAGGCUGUAAAUUCACGUGUUUUCGUUGGAAAUUUGAAUACAUUUCAGUGUUCGAAAACGGAUGUAGAACGCAUGUUCCAAAUUUAUGGUCGACUUGCAGGUAUAUCAAUGCAUAAAGGAUACGCUUUUGUACAGUUCACUAAUCCUUUUGACGCACGCAAUGCUUGUCAUGGCGAAGAUGGACGAACAGUGCUUAGUCAAACCUUGGAUAUUGUGCAUGAGCAAAGCGGUGCUGAGCAAAACAUAGCACAUCUGCCGCGUUCACCUCUUGUGCAACUUGCACUUGGUUCCUUAUGUACGGUUGUACUUUAUUUAAUAUUAUCCAUAUGCUUGAUAUUCUACCAAAAAGCUUUAGUUCAGAAUAUCAAAUUUCCACUUACUAUAGUUUCAUAUCAUCUUGUGAUAAAAUUCAUACUUUCCGCCAUUGUGCGCGCGGUUUACAAAUGUCGCACUGGAAAAACUCGCGUCCAAAUUGAUUUUCGUACAUCUCUGCGCAAUAUGGCACCAACCGGUAUUGCUAGCGGCAUAGAUAUAGGAUUCUCUAACUGGGGCUUAGAAUUAGUAACGAUUUCUUUAUAUACUAUGACAAAAUCAUCAACGAUUGUGUUUAUUUUAAUAUUUGCAAUAAUCCUAGGUCUAGAAAAAAAGAGUUGGGUGCUAGUUUUUAUUGUUGCUCUAAUUGCUACAGGCCUUUUUAUGUUGACAUACAAAUCAACACAAUUCAAUGCAUUGGGUUUUAUAUUCAUAUUGGGAGCAUCAUUAAGCAGUGGCAUACGUUGGAGUUUUGCGCAAUUUCUCAUGCAAAAAUCAAAAUUGGGUUUGCACAAUCCAAUUGAUAUGAUAUAUUAUAUGCAACCAUGGAUGAUGAUGUCCGUUUUACCAUUAAUUGCAUUCGAAGGACCAAAAUUAUAUGAUGCUCUUCUGAGCUUACCUGAAAUACCAAAUGAUGUUAUAUACAUGACUAUAAUUAAAAUCACAUUUGGUGCAAUGCUUGCUUUUCUAAUGGAAGUAAGUGAAUUUUUAGUUGUUGCUCAAACAUCGAGCUUAACGCUUUCAAUUGCUGGAAUAUUUAAGGACUUUUGUCAAUUGGCUUUAGCUUUUGAAUUCAAUGGCGAUCAACUCUCACUUAUUAAUGUGUUAGGUUUAGUUGUUUGUUUAGCUGGUAUAUGCUGUCAUUUGCUUCAUAAAUAUGCAAUGUUAGUUAAAUUAGAAGCCAUUAAUUCCAUUCACAAUGAUAAUGAUUUGACAUUCCUAGACACAACUAUAAAUAAUAAUGGUGUAAAUACUUCGCACCAUAAUCAAACAUUCAAUACAGCUCAUAGAGCACACACAAACCUGACAGUUCCACUUUUAGACGAGACAGAUUCUGAUGAUUCAAAUAAUGGCCAUAAAGAGCAAAAUUCAUCCGACGUUAUAUUUGAUGUACUUAAAAGACGAGAUAUGCAACGAUGAGCAAAUAUUUCUUACAGAUAUGAGUUGAAAGGUUAAUUAACUUUUGAGACUCAGCGAUGAGCAAAUAUUGCUAAAAAUAUGACUAAGAAAACAGAAAUAGAUGACAAAAAAUAGAGUUUUGAGACCCAAUGAGGAGCAUAUAUUGCUCAAAAAUAUAUGACAUGAAAGGCAGCUAAUUAAAACAAAACUUGAAACUCAUGUAUAUGCUGUAAAUUAGUUAAAUUAAUUUGUAU